AUGAACUCUACCGGCAUACACCUAGCCGACAACAAGGUGGAGGCCACUACGGACCGCCACGAUGCGUCAGUUUCGAGCGACAACGCCGCCAACAAGAAUGGCCGCGAUAGCGAGAGCAUCUCCAUCAACUCGGCUGCUCUCGGGGACGACCUACCGCCGGGCUACUUUUACUCUCUCGGCUUCCUGGGGACAUUAAUUGGCUUUUGUUUGUCCGCCAUCAGCGCCUACAUGUUUGUCAUUCUGCCGACCAACAUCCUGAGCUACAUCAACGAGGACAUUGGUCCCAGCCAGUACACCGCCUGGGUCAACAUUGCCCGCACACUGGCCCUGUCUUUCACCUACACCAUCCUCGGCCGGCUGUCCGAUCUCUUUGGUCGCCGCUGGUUCUUUAUCGGCGGCAACAUUGUGGCCCUCGUGGGUAUCAUCAUCAGUGCCGUGGCCCAGAACUUUACCACUCUCAUCGUGGGUGCGGCGGUCUACGGUCUCGGCGAAACGGUGCAGCUGUCAUUUAACGUGGCCAUUGGCGAGCUGGUGCCCAACAAGUACCGGCCCAUGGUGCUGUCGUUUAUCUUCCUGUCGAAUGCCCCCUUUGCUUCGUUUGGCCCGAUGAUUGCCCGCAAAUUUAUCGAAAUACCCUCGCUUGGCUGGCGGUGGUGCUACUACAUCAACAUUAUCAACACCGGCCUCGCCGUUGUCUUUCUGUUCGUCUUCUACCACCCGCCCAACUUUGAGCUGCUGCACGAGCGCAAGACCAAGCGCGAGAUCUUGAUGAGCCUCGACUAUGUCGGCAUUUUCCUGUGGACCGCCGGCCUCACCAUCCUCCUGAUCGGUGUGUCGUGGGGCGGCAGCAUUUACGCCUGGGACUCGGCCGCCACGCUGUCGUCGCUCAUCAUCGGCGCCGUUCUGCUGAUUGCCCUCUUUGUCUGGGAGGGCUAUGCCAAGCUGCGCUACCCGGCCAUUCCCAUUCACUUUUUCACCAACCGCGGCUUCAUGGCUCUUGUUGCGUGUGCCACUGUGGCUAGUAUGUUCUACUACUCGGCCGUCCUGCUUUGGCCCCAGCAGAUCCGCCACUUCUUUACCACCGACAUUACGUAUGGCGGCUGGCUCUCCACGACCGUUGCCUCGUCCACCGCCCUCGGCCAGAUCUGCGCCGGCGCCAUCAUUCGCUGGGGCGGCAACGUCCGCUACUGGAUGAUCAUUUCGACGUUUGCCAUGGUCGGCUUUGUGGCGUCGCUGGCCGCCCUGACCCCGGAGAAGAAGGGCAUGGGCAUUGCUCUCACCAUCCUGGGCCCGUUUUUUGUCGGCUUCAUCGAGCUCACCUCGCUCGCCCUGGCGCCCCUCUUUUGCCGCGCCCAAGACAUUGGCCUGGCCUCGGGUCUCCUUGCCUCCAUCCGCUCGGCCGGCGGCUCCGUGGCUGUCGCCGUCUACUCUGCCAUCCUGAGCAACCGCCUCCUCACCACCAUCCCCGCCAACAUUGGUCCCGCCGUCGAGCAGGCCGGCCUCCCUGCCAGCGACGUCCCGGCCCUCCUCAAAGCCUACGCGGCCGGCAACAUCACCUCCUACUCCCCUGCCGUCCAGGCCGCCGUUGCCGCCGCCGACCCUAUCGCCUACACCCAGGCCUUUACGACGGUCUAUCUUGCCAGUCUGGGCUUUGGCGGUAUUGCCAUCAUCGGCUGCUUGUUCUCCAAGGACGCUCAGAAGCACCUGACGAGCAAGGUCGAGCGUAAGAUGACGACGGCCAAGACUGGUAAGAACACAAGCGGUACGACCGAGAAGGACACAUCUCUAGAUGUGUAA